AUGCUAUAUAAACUUGACAAUCUAUGUAUACCCAGAAAUAUGGCGGCACCUCCACAACAACAAACAACACCGAGUGAUCACCAUUAUUUCGAAUGGUCAACAACUAAACAACAAAAACUUGUUGAACAAUCUUUAAAAGUUGUUCCUAUUGGUGUAAAUCAACAACAAAUAUCAACAAACACUACAAAUACAACUAAUACUACAAAUAUGGUGCAUAAUCAUCCUCAUCUUCACCCUCAUCCAUUGAUGACACAUACUCAUCGACGUCAUUUUUACCAACAUUUCGAAGAGAAACGUUCACUCGAAGAUAGUAAACAAAAACAGAACAAAACAACCCCUGGUCUCGUACCAUCAGCGAUGACAACUUCACCGAGUUUAUCGCCUUCAUCAGCAAAUUGUAAUAGCGGUGGACAUGUGAGGAAAAGACAAAAAACAAACACGAAUGGAAUCGGUUCGGCAUCAUCGACAUCAUCCCUAAAUACCAGUGAUGACCAUGCUCAGUCGCAAUCACAAACUUGUUACCCAUUUCAAGCAGAGUUAACUCAGAAAAUCGAUAUUGAGUGUGGCGGUGGUACAAGUAAUGGUACUGGUCAAAUUGCUCAUACCCCAACGCAUCAUUUCACCUUGAGUACAGUGAUUAACGUCAGUGUAAAUGGCCAAACUUCUCAACAGAAACCAAUUGAUAUUCUUUCUUCUCCGUCAUCUUCAUCUCUCUCACAGCAACAGUGUCCACUAACAACAACUGAUCAACAAGACUUUCCUCUACAUCCAUCUUCGUGCUCUUCACCAUCUAUUUUAUCGACGUCAUCUCCUUCCACAGCUUCACCUUCGGCAGCAACACUAAAUUCAACGAAUCAAAAUAAUAAUAAUAAUAAUAAUAAUACGAAUAUUAAUGCUAAUCCUGUUUCAAAUCUCAUUUCUUCAACAUCACCAUCGACGAAUCUUUUGUCACAAUCGCCAUCUAUGCCAUUCUCUUCAUCUUCAACAUCGUUGAUAUCCUUUUCCGAUUUGACUUUUUCAUCGUACGUGAAAGAUCUUGACUUAACAACAUUUGAUACAUAUCCCCUAUCCAACUGCCCCAAUCCUCAAGAUUAUUUGACCGCCGAAGGAUUAAUUGCAUUUUUAAAUACGUUGAACUCAUCAUUUCUUCUGUCAGAUAAUAAUAAUAAUUUAUCUAUACAAAAAAAUAUGGAAUACAACAAAAGAUAUCCACCACCGCAACAACAACAACAACAGCAGCAACACCAACAACAGCAAAUGAUGACUAGAUCAGACUCGUUAACAAUACGACAAACACCGUAUUUAACAAAUGCAGUUCAACAGUAUCCUGACACGUAUCGAAUGCAACAGCAAUCUCAACCGCUACCCGUAUCGCAACAACCAUCCCAACCACCGCAAGCUCAACAGCAACAACAAAUGUAUAACUAUCCCACCCGACCCCAGCAUUUUGAACAACCUAAUCGUUAUUAUCCUAAUCGAUAUCCAUCAAUGAUGUCAUCUUAUUCUUCUUAUCCUUCUUAUCCAUACCAAGCGCAUAAUCAACAAUAUCAAGUACCUCAACAUUAUAGUUAUACAUCAGCAACAAGUUCUUCAGUGAAUGUGUCAUCAACCCCACAGCAGAAUUCGCCAAUGAUAAUGACAGCCACAUGCGCAUCGGCAUCUUCCACUUUGCCAUCAUCGAUAAAUUCAAUACCAAAUAGUCAUCCUUCAUCGACUAAUUAUGGAUCGUCAUCGUCAUCGACAUCCUCCUAUGAUACACUUGGAUCACAUGUCACUCAUUCGCCAUCGAAUGCAAGCACUGGUACAGGAAAUGUCUAUCCUCCGUCAUAUUAUCGACAGUCAUCUGUACCGGCAUAUUCCAAUUCUUUGCCACCACAGCAACAACAUCAACAGCAGCAGCAGCAGCAGCAGCAGUUGACGAGACAAAUGUCCUCAAAUUAUCCAAUGACACCAACGAUUCCUUCCAAUUCAACGACAUCAAAUGUUAAUUUAUCAUCAUCUUCUUCUUCGCCCGCUCCUCCUUUCAGAUAA